GAAGAAGAAGAAGAAGAAGAAGACGAAAACAUCGAAUCAGAACAAGUUGACAAUAUUCAAGAUGAAAAUGAUAACGAUGAUGUACCUGAAGAAAUCUUAAACAUUAAUAAUGAGGAUGAAAAUGAUCAAGACUUUAUAGAUUCAUUCCAACAAGAUGAUGAUGAUGAACCAGAAGAAGAAGAUGAGGUAGAAGUAGAAGAAGAUGAUGAUGAUGAAGAAGAAAAAGAUAUUGAAGAGCCAACUCAAAAGGAAUCUGAGGAUGUAUUAAUGAAAGAACCAGAAUCUGAAGAAAUCCCAACUACUACCAAUGAUGUCAAUGAUGAAGAAAUCAAUCUAGAUGAAUUAUUAAAAGAAACUGAAACUGAAGCUGAAUCUGAAGUCACAUCUACUAUCCCGCCCCAAGAACAAAGUGAAGAUGUUGACAUGGAAGAUUCUGAAUCUAAAGAUGAACCAAAAGAAGAAGUAACCAUUGAAUCUAAUGGUGCACAGGAUGUACCAGUUAUUGAAUCUAAACCAUUUGUGCAAGCCAAUACAGUUGAAGUUAAAGAAGUAAAACCAGUUCCAGCACCACCACCAGCACCACCAGCACCAGUUGAAGAAGAUGAUGAGGAAGACGAUGAAGAAGAAGGUAUUCCUGAAGAACUUGAUGAAGAAGAUGAAAGUGGUAAACAAUCCAGAUUUGUAAGACAAACGCAUGUUAUUAUCGUACCGUCCUACGCAUCAUGGUUCAAUAUGAAAAAGAUUCAUCAAAUUGAAAAAGAAUCAUUACCUGAAUUUUUCAAUUCUAAUCAUCCAUCAAAAUCAUCAAAAAUUUAUGCAAAUUAUCGUAAUUUCAUGGUUAAUUCUUAUCGUUUAAAUCCGAAUGAAUUCUUAACUUUAACAUCAUGCCGUCGUAAUUUAGUAGGUGAUGUGGGUACUAUUAUGAGAGUUCAUCGAUUCUUAUGUAAAUGGGGUUUAAUUAAUUAUCAAGUUCGUCCUCAAUUUAAACCAGGUUAUGCGGUUGAAAAAUUACCUAAUGGUCAACUGGUUGGCUUACCAUAUACAGGAGAUUAUCAUGUUAAAUAUGAUACUCCAAGAGGUUUAUUCCCAUUUGAUACUUUUAAAGUAGCACCUGAACGAGCUGAUAUUUCAAAAUUAAAAGAAUUAGUAUUUUCAAGUGAUGCAGGUAUCACUCAAGACAUUAAUCAAAAGAAACAUGGUUUAUCAACUGAUGAACAAGGUGAAGGACAAGGACAAACUGGUGACGAACCACCAACUAAGAAACAAAAUGAUGGUUGGUCAUCUGAAGAAGUUAAAAGUUUAAUAAAUGGUAUUUCAAAAUUCAAAAAUGAUUGGUAUAAGAUUUCUGAAUUAGUAGGACCAAAAAAGACUGUUGAACAAUGUAUUUUUAAAUUUUUAAAAUUGCCUAUUCAAGAUAAAUUUAAUCCAAUUGAUGAUAAAGAUGGAUUAAGUAUUAAAUUAUUAAAAUUUGCUAAUAAUAAUCCUUUAAGUUCUCAUGAAAAUCCUGUCUUGAGUAAUUUAGUAUUCAUGACAAAAUUAGUUGAUAGUGAAGUUGCUAAAGCUGCUAGUGAAGCUGCUUCUAAAAUUGUUGAUGAAAAAAUAAUUGAAAAAGUUAAGCAAGUUUAUGAAACUAAUGUGGUUCCUAAUUCUGAAAGUUCCGCUACUCUCGAUCAAUCAUCUAGUGAAGUUAAAUCAUUAGACCAAAAUGGUAACAUUGAACAUAAAGAAGGUGAAGAUGUUACUAAAGAAUCAACUGGAAAAGAGAAAGAAGUGGCUGUUGAUACCACUGAAGUUGAAGCUAAUAAAUCAUCAUCUGAAGUAUUAAAAGACGCUGCUGCUGCCACUUUUGGUAUUGUUGGUGGUAGAAGUCAUUUAUUUGCAAGUUAUGAAGAACGUGAAAUGCAAAAAUUAAGUAAUACGAUAAUUAAUCAAGAAUUAUCGAAGAUUGAUCUUAAAUUAAGUAAAGUUGAAGAAUUGGAAAAGAUUUAUGAAAGAGAAAGAAGACAAUUGGCUAAACAGCAACAAGAUAUCUUUGUUGAUAGAUUAGCUUUAGCUAAAUCUACUAUAAGUAUUGCUAAGAAAUUAGAUACUGUUAUUAAUCUAUUAUCAUCUGAUUCUGGAUCAAGUGAUAAUGAUAAAGUAUCCAGUUUAUUAGCUGAAGCUAAAUCAUUAUUAUUCAAACCAGCCAAGAAUUCAUUAGUACCAACUACUGAUGCUGCCACUAAUGGUAAUGGUGAAGCUGAUAAUUCAAAACUUUCUAUUGUUGAUUCAACUGCUGCCACCAGUAAUUUGAUAAGUAGUUCGGCUGGUAUGUCUAAUAUCAAUGAAGAUGAUUAUAAACCAUUAUCAUUAAACACUCCAAAGACUUUCAAAGUUUGGGUACCUUGAUUUUAUUAUUGCAUUCUAUUUAAAAUUAUACCAAUUCAUUCAUUCAAUUAUUUACGUUUUGUUUUAUAUAUUUUCUAUUCCUUUCUAUUCCUUUUCAUUUAAUUUUAACUUUUUCUGUGUAAAUUAUUUUUUCGAAUCACUUAUCUAUCUGUAUAUCUAAUAUUGUUCAGAGUAUAUAAUCUAUAUAUAACAAGCAAACAAAUAAACAAACAAACAUUCAU